UCUCGCUCUCUCUCUCUUGCUCGUCCACCUGUCUGUCAAAAAAUGUGAAUAUAGGACUGGAAUUUAUACGGAUUUACGGUUAACUGUAAUGGUAUCAGGGCCACGUGUCGUCUGGUCGAGUCGAAACGUACGGCCGAUGCGCGAGGAAGUUCCCUGAGCGGUGUAGUGCGAGCGCAUACGGCAUUUAAUAUUUUUUUUUUUAAUGCGACCAUGGCACUCCGCAAGGUAAAGGGGAACUUCGAGCGGAUGUUCGACAAGAAUUUGACGGAUCUGGUGCGCGGAAUCAGGAACAAUAAAGAAAACGAGGUGAUUCCCGCGAAAUACAUUGCGCAAUGUAUCGAGGAGAUUAAGCAGGAGUUGCGGCAAGACAAUGUGGCAGUCAAAGCCAACGCCGUGGCCAAGUUGACAUAUCUCCAAAUGUUGGGGUAUGACAUCAGUUGGGCUGGCUUUAACAUAAUAGAAGUAAUGUCAUCGACAAAGUUCACUCACAAGCGAAUUGGUUAUCUUGCUGCCAGUCAAAGUUUUCAUGCGGAAACGGAGCUACUGAUGCUAACAACAAAUAUGAUUCGUAAAGAUUUAAAUAGCCAAAAUCAAUAUGACGCUGGUUUAGCACUGAGCGGUUUGUCUUGCUUUAUAAGUUCAGAUUUAGCACGUGACUUGGUUCAUGAUAUAAUGACAUUAUUGACUUCUACAAAGCCAUACUUGCGCAAGAAGGCAGUUUUAAUGAUGUAUAAAGUAUUUCUGCGGUUCCCUGAGGCCCUGAGGCCUGCUUUCCCUAGGUUGAAGGAAAAGCUUGAAGAUCCAGACAGUGGUGUUCAAAGUGCAGCGGUAAAUGUAGUUUGCGAAUUGGCCAGAAAAAAUCCAAAGAAUUACCUGAGUUUAGCGCCUGUUUUCUUUAAAUUGAUGACAACUUCUACGAACAAUUGGAUGCUCAUUAAAAUUAUCAAAUUGUUUGGAGCAUUGACACCUCUAGAACCUAGGCUUGGCAGAAAGUUAAUUGAACCCCUUACCAAUUUGAUACACAGUACAUCUGCAAUGUCUUUACUGUACGAAUGUAUCAAUACAGUAAUUGCUGUAUUGAUUUCUAUCUCAUCUGGUAUGCCAAGUCAUUCUGAUUCGAUACAGUUGUGUGUUCAAAAAUUGAGAAUAUUAAUAGAAGACUCUGAUCAAAACUUGAAAUAUCUGGGAUUGUUGGCGAUGUCGAAAAUAUUGAGAAAUCAUCCGAAGAGUGUGCAAUCUCAUAAAGAUCUAAUUAUGCAAUGUCUUGAUGACAAAGAUGAAACUAUAAGACUGCGUGCCUUGGAUUUGUUGUAUGGAAUGGUUUCCAAGAAGAACCUAAUGGAAAUAGUUAAGAAAUUAAUGGUACAUAUGGAUAAAGCCGAAGGCACUAUGUAUCGCGAUGAAUUACUCUCAAAGAUCAUUCAAAUUUGCUCACAAAAUAACUAUCACUUCAUUACCUACUUUGAGUGGUACAUAUCUGUAUUAGUGGAACUUACGCGAAUGGAAGGCACCAAGCACGGACCAUUAGUAGCAACUCAAUUACUUGAUGUAGCAAUUCGUGUACAAGCUAUCCGAAAAUACGCGGUUCAACAAUGUGCCUUAUUGCUUGAGAAUUCGUAUCUUUUAACCGGCCAGCCAAGGGCAACAAUGUCCGAAGUUUUAUAUGCAGCAGCAUGGAUUUGUGGAGAAUUCUCUAGUGAAUUGGAAAAUCCUUUGGCAACAUUGCAGUCUAUGUUGCGAUCGCAAGCUUCUAGUUUGCCAGGACAUAUACAGGCUGUUUACGUUCAUAAUAUAUUAAAACUAGCUGCAACGACAUUUGCUAAAGCAGAAAAAGAGGAAGAUACUGAAACUAUGGAAAAGAUUUACGGAUUGAAAGACAAAAUAGCAGCUUUUGUUUGUAGUGGCGACUUGGAAGUUCAGGAAAGAUCAAGUUCUGCAUUAGUAUUAUUAGAAUGUUUAAAAGAAAAUUCUGGUCUUGCGCAAGAAUUAAUCAAGACAUUUGAAGGUGAACUUAAUCCAGUUGCACCAAAGGCUCAAAGAAAAGUUCCAAUACCUGAGAAUUUAGACUUGGAUUCCUGGAUAAAUGAUCCACCUUCGGAGAGCUCAGAUUCAGAGGAUUUAGACAUGAAUGAUAUUUUCAUUAAGACAGAGAAAUCGAAUUCAUUUUCCAAACGGGAUUCGAAUGAACCAUCCUUGGAAGAACUCGAGAGGAGGCGUGAAGCAAGAAAACUAGAACAAGAAAAUAAUCCUCAUUAUCUGAAAGGCUCAUUUAAGACUCCUACAUCAUAUCACAAUUCAUCGAACGCAUAUGAAGAUUUUGAAAACAUUCCUGUCACGGAAUUAGACAUCCCAAUCUCUUUAAAGAUUUCUAACUCGCACAGAUGUCGCGAUAUAGAUAGCAGUCACAAAAGACAUAAAAAGCAUGAAAAAAAGAAGAAGUCAAAGAAAAAUAAAAAUAAAAGAUCUGCAUCAGAGGAGGAGGAUGAAAAGGAUGAUAGUUUACCACUACAAAUAGUAAAUACUGGAAUUGGUGAACUACCUCCGGGUGCAGAAAUAAGUGAUAGUGAUGAAUAUGAUUUAGUAGAUUCAAAUGAUCCACAUAGAGCUUUAAAUAUCGAUUUGGAUAUGCCUUUACGAGAAGAUGAACGAUUGCCUGUCUUGGAACAUAGAGUUACUGAAAAUAAAAUAACGAAAAAACUUGAAGAAAAGGAAAAUAAAAAGGAAAAGGGACAUAGAAAAUCUAAAAAAAAAGUUAAGAAUGCCAUGGAAAACGAAGUGAUGAACGAAAGGGAGCCUAACUUGUGGUUAGAAACUAAUUCGUCUCCGGAGAAAGUGCAAUCUUCUGCUGUAGGAGAGUACAUAGAGGUAUCCAGCGAAUUACAAAAAGAUAAUAAACGCAAGAAGUCGAAGAGUCAAAACAAACACAAAAAAUCCAACGACGAAGACGCAAAGCAUAAAAAAUCGAAAAAGUCAAAAAAUAAGAAGGAGAAUAAGUCAUUGGAUUAUGAGGAAACCGCUGGAAUAUCUACUCCGUCAAAAGAAAUAUUACCGGAAAUAAAGGACGAUAUUAUGAAUAUCGAAUAUAACACAAUUACUGAAAAAAUACAACAAGAUAUCUCCUAUGAAGAAUUAGCCAAAAAUAAGGUCCUUUCCAUGAGGUAUGAGCUGAGACAGAUCCCUGACGACUCAAGUAAAGUUAUCGUAUCAAUUUGCAUUACAAAUAUAGGUCAGCCGCUAGUAAAAGAAUUAGUCUUUGAUGUUCCAGACACAUCGUCACUCAAAUUAGUUAGGAAUCCUGGAGAUGAAUUUGGAAUAAAACUGCCGUUCCAACUGCCUCUGCAAUCUAGUAAAGAAACUGAGUUCACCGUUCUAGUCUCGGACGUGACAUUUGCUCAGAGACUUAGGGGUACAUUGACGUACAUGUUUGAAAGUAAAGAAGGAACGCAACAAGAAAAACUCGAUUUCACCGUGCCCUUGUCAUGUAGCAAGUUCAUGGUCGGGCAUCUCUCUCACAAGGACAUACUCACGGAACUUCUCAAAAGUGGUCAACUAGUAUCUAAGAUUAGAAGAGAAGUAAUGCCUUCUCAGGACUUUGACACGGUUCUGAAUAUUAUUUGCCGCAAAUGUAAUCUCACACUCGUGGAGCAAAUUGACGAUACUGCAUCUUUAUACGGUCAUUCUCUGAAGGGACAUCAUGUGUGCCUUUUAUUAAAAUAUAAUAGAGCGACAGAAAAUCUAGUAAUCGAAGGUAAAGGUGACAAUAACUCAUUACUGUCGGCAAUUGGAGAAGAAAUCUUUAGGCUCUUGACAUAAUAUUGAUCAAGUGUCUAUGUUUUGCAAUUAUUGAUUCCUAUCAUACAUUGCAGUUAUGUUGAACAUAUACUGAGCAGAAGAAUACUUUGAUUGUGUCCGCUAUACAUAAAAUACAGAUAUGUAGCGACUAUAGCGUAUCUGCAAACUGAUUAAAUAUUUUCGAAAAAGAUCUUACCUAAACUACACGUGUAAUCUAGAUAAAUUUGUUAAAUACUUAAGAAA